AUGUGUGGCAGUUACUACGGCAACCUCUGUGGCUACGGCUGUGGGCUUGGCCCCUACUCUGGCUGGGGAUGGGGAACCGGCUAUGGCUGUGGCCCCUGCUCUGGCUGGGGUUACAGAACUGGCUACAGCUGUGGGCUUGGCCCCUAUUCUGGCUGGGGAUACGGAACCGGCUUUGGCUGUGGCUCUGGCUCUGGCUACUGGGGUUACCGGCCGCUGUGCUACAGAAGAUGUUACUCUUCUUGCUGCUAG